UUAUAGUGUAAAUACUAAAUUAUUUAAUAGUUGUAGUGUUUUAUGUUUUUCACUUUUAACUGUGAAAAUGAUAGGAUGAGCCGAGCAUGCAGCCAACAACAAAAAGUAUUGAGGAAGAAGUUUGUCAAGAAAGACCGAUAACCAUCGUAUGUUCUGUGCCAUGGCCGGGGAAGGUAGU